UCUUGCCAGCUGCUUGCUUGCAACGAUGCCUCGCAAGCAGAGGAGCACCGAGCGGAUCCCCAACGACGUGGCCCGGCGCGCCGCCUUCCGGAAACGCGUCAACAGGCUAACCAAGAAGGCCGGCGAGCUGUCCACGCUCUGCAACACCAAGGUCUGCGUGUUGGUGUACGCCGAGGGCGAGGCACGGCCAGAGGUAUGUCCUUCCUUGGCUGAGGCGGUGCCCCUCCUGCAGCGGUUCACGGACACGCUGGAGAUUGAACAGUUCAAGAAGCGUGUGACCCACGAGGACUUCCUCCGGCAGCGCAUGGACAAGCUGACGCUGCAGAUCCAGAAGAACUUACCCGAGAACAGUGAGCGCGACACGGCGAUCCUUCUGCACCAGGCCAUGGCCGGACGCCUGGAGGGCGGCCUUGAGGGCCUCCCGCCCGAGAAGUACGCCAGCGUCCGCUGGAUGGUGCAGACGCGGCUCAGGAGCAUCGGGGAAUGCAUUGCAAAACUCCAAGGGCAAAUGGCCGGCCUACAUCUCCGGUCUCUGCCUGUUCCUGUUCCUGCACCUCUGCCGUAUCAGCAGGAAUUCGCAUCGCAGAAGGAGAUCGGCUCUGUCAACGAGGUGAUCAGAUCUGACGGCGGGGACGUUGGCACCCUUGUCUUCACUGCUGGCGAUGGUGCUGGCGCCAACACCAGCGCCGGUGGAGGGUUCUCGUGGCAAUGGUGCGCUGAUCUUGGAGGUCCUAGUUCAUCUAUGCCUCCCAUGUAA